AUGGAAUUUAAAAAUAUCGAUUAUAACAACAAUGAUGGGGAAUCUUUGAAAUCUCCGUCCUCCUCAUCGUCGAUUUCAGAUAUAGAGCCAAUGGCCACUACUAAUAGAAAGGCAAAACCGAUGCAGAGAGAAAAUAGUCCCUAUAUGAAUCACGAAGGUAAAAAACAUGUGAGAAUAGCUAUAGAUGAAGAUAAAUCUACUCAUUAUAAUGAAGUUUCGAAAGUACCAAGUUUUCAAAAGAGACCGCUUAGUGAUACUCCUGUGGGUAGUGUUUGGAAUUCCCCUAGAGGUUCAAAUGAAAAUACCCCAGAAGGUUCAAGGGAGGGUAGUUCUUUGAAUUUGCUAAGAUUAAAUAAAAUUACUUCAAAUCCAGAACUAGAUUCCAACACUUUUAACACUCCAAAGGAUAGCCCACUGGCUUCUGGAAGAUCAUCACCUGGCAGAUUCUUACACCCAAAGAAGAAAACUACAACUUUGGAUGUGCCAGGUUUGACCAAAUCGAAAUCUUCUCCUGAUGGUACUAUCUCAACUGAAGAUGCUGGCUCAAAAUUAAUCAUCAUUAUGGUGGGUUUACCAGCUACUGGGAAAUCAUUUAUCACAAAUAAAUUGUCAAGAUAUUUAAAUUAUUCCAUGUACUAUUGUAAAGCAUUCAAUGUUGGUAAUACUAGAAGACAAUAUGCUAAAGAUCACGGAUUGAAAGAACAGGAUUCUUCCUUUUUUGACCCUAAUAACGCUGAAUCAAAAAAAUUAAGAGAAAAAUGGGCCACUGAUACUUUGCAUGAAUUAUUAGACUAUCUAUUAAUCGGCAUAGGAUCCGUUGGUAUAUUUGAUGCUACUAAUACUACUGUCUUCAGAAGAAAACAUGUUUUGGAAAUGAUUAGAGAGAGGAGUAAAGAUAUUCAAGUGAUGUUCCUGGAGACAAUCUGUUCUGAUAAAUCUUUGGUAGAAAAAAAUAUUCGUCUGAAACUUUUGGGUCCUGAUUAUAAAGGUAAAGAUCCAGAAACCUCUCUGAGAGACUUCAAGGAGAGAUUGAUCAAUUAUUCUGCUGCCUAUGAACCAAUCACAGAUGCAGAAGAUAUCCCUUAUAUUAAAAUGAUCGAUGUUGGUAAAAAAGUAAUCUCUUAUAAAAUUCAAGGGUUCUUGGCCUCACAGACUGUUUACUAUCUAUUGAACUUCACUUUAGCAGAAAGACAAAUUUGGAUUACAAGAAAUGGUGAAAGUGAAUACAACGUCAAAGGCCGUAUUGGUGGUGAUUCUAACUUAACUGCUCGUGGUGAGAAAUAUGCUCUUGCCUUAACUAAAUUUAUUAAUGAACAAAGGGAACUAUUCCACGAAAGUGAAGUGGAAAAGAAUAAAGAAGAUUCUAACAAAAAUGAAGACCAUCAAGUCAACGAAUUUUUCGUAUGGUCAAGUACUCGUAAGAGAUGUGUCCAAACUACUCAAUAUUUCGAUGAGGUCGAUUACCCAAUUAAGCAGAUGAAAAUGUUAGAAGAACUAAAUGCAGGUGAUUGCGAAGGUAUGACUUACUCUGAAAUUAAGAGGAAAUACCCAGAAGGUUAUGCUGAAAGACAAAGGGAUAAACUUCGUUACAGAUAUCCUGGUAUAGGUGGUGAAUCCUAUAUGGAUGUAAUUAAUCGUGUCAGAGCAGUUAUCACAGAGAUUGAAAGAAUUGAAGAUAAUAUUUUGAUUGUUACUCACAGGGUUGUAGCCCGUGUCUUAUUAGGUUACUUUUUAAACUUGAGUAAAGAUAUCAUCGCAAAUCUGGAUAUCCCACUACACUGUGUUUAUUGCUUAGACAUCCAACCUUAUGGUAUCAGUUGGACUCUUUGGGAGUAUAAUGAAGCAACUGAUAGUUUCUCUAAGGUUCCUCAGACAGGAAUGAAUACAAAGAAGGUGAAAGAAGUGGGUCUUGUUUAUAAGGAAAAGAGAUAUUCUAUUGUACCUACAGCUCCAAGUGGUAAAACUCAUAAACAUUUAGAGCCAAAAUUAGUAAAGAGCGCUUCAGCUGAUUCAUAUCCAUCAAUGAAUGAAAUUUUAUUUUCCGAAGCAUUUAGAACCAAAAAUGGUAAGAGUAGUAAACAAAAAGCGGAUGAAGAUAAAUCUCAUAAAAAAGAGGAAAUCAAAGGGAUUAAACCAAUUAGCGAACAGCCUCAUCAUUUUGAAAUACUUGAACUAGAGAAGAAAUUAGCAAAGUUAAAAAAUGAAGAAUCAUCAAAAUACUCAGAUAACGAUCCAAAAUCUAAUGACAAUAACUGA